GCUUAAGACUACACACACAAAGAUGAGAUUGUUGCAUCACAAUUCACAGCAAAAGAGCCAAGUUUCCAUUCCAUUGACACAGAAAAUAUAAAUCUGUAGCAUUGAGAAAAUCUUUACCUUUUGACAUAGUUUUAUCAUUUUUUUAUCCUAAGUUGCAACCCUUUUACCAAGAAAAAUCAUAUUCUUUGAGCUGUUCUUCAAACAAAGCUCUCUCUCAAUCUUGUAAUCUCUCUCUCUCUCUCUCCCUCUCUCUCCCUCUCUCUCUCUUUGUUGCAGUUUCCCUUUUGCUGCAUGGGGUUGUGUUGAUUAUAUUGUUGUUAGAUUCUUCAGUAUAGGGUGAAUUUCGGACAUUCUUGAUAGGUACUGUUAUCUACCUCAGAUCUUGAGAUUUUUGCAUACAGAAAUGGAUAAGUUGCAGUGGGGGAAUAGAAAGAGGCUGAGGUGUGUAAAAGUAAAAGACUCAUCCUUGAAUGGAAAAUCAGAUGGAGGUGGCGGCGGCGGCGGGGGUGGGGCUGUUGUGAAGAAGAAAAUCACUUCAAGAGUGGUGGAUAAUAACAACAGUAAUAAUGUCCAUAGCAGUAGUAAAGAUGGGCAUGCUCUUCCUCCAGUCCCAUCUCCUCAUCGCCCUAACAGGGAAUUGGGGAUGAGUAGAUCCACUGCCAAUGACAGCCGAAAAGCAUCAGCGUCCUUAUCACCUGAGAAGGAGGACAGGUAUUAUACGACGAGGGGAUCGGGCGGAUUUGAUGUUAGUAGCAAGGCGUUGUUUGCAAACCCAAAGGAGGAAAAUAGGAAGAUCGUUUGGCCAAAGUUGCUAAUAACACUUUCAAGUAAAGAAAAAGAGGAAGAUUUCAUGGCGAUGAAAGGCUGCAAACCGCCUCAAAGGCCCAAGAAACGGGCCAAGUUGAUCCAAAGAACCAUAUUAUUGGUCAGCCCUGGUGCAUGGUUAACAGAUUUGUGCCAAGAGAGGUACGAAGUGAGGGAGAAGAAGACUUCCAAGAAGAAACCCAGAGGAUUGAAAGCUAUGGGAAGCAUGGAAAGUGACUCCGAAUGAUAGGUUUGCUCCUAGAGGAACAAAGAGGCGGAUAAACAGGAAGUUUUGGUUUCAUUUUUGCGAUAUGCAGACGGAGUAGAAAUCCCAGGUGGGCUCUUUGAUUUGUUUGAUAGAAAAUGUUACUCUUGAGCAUAGACCGGGAGGGGGGGGGGGUCUUCUAGCGAGAUAGCGACAUUAUGCUGGUGAAGUUUCGCCAACAUCUCUGUUAUGAACACUCCCGUUUAUGGGGUUGUACCUCGACUGUAACAUGCUAGUGCAUUUGCACGAAGCCUUCUUCAUGAAAAAGGUUUCUUUUUAAUCCGGUC